AUGACUGGUCCCGACACGAGCCAGAUGAAUCAGACCCGAAUUCCAGUCUAUAUGACACAUUUGCCAGCUGGAACAUCGCUAGCGAAUCUCGUUCAUUGGGCACAAAUGGUGAACGCUAAGCGAGUUCAAAAAUAUGAUUUGGGAUCAGAAGAGAAAAACAUGAUGCGAUAUGGCACUCCCACACCGCCCGCUUACAAUCUGUCACUCGUAAACGCUCCGGUUUAUUUAUAUUGGAGUGAUGCUGACUGGCUGACAGAUAAACGUGAUAUACAGGAUGGUUUAUUGGCAGUGAUUCCCAAGGAAUACAUCACUGAAAAUAACGAAUUGGCCGACUUCAACCACUUUGAUUUCAUUUGGGGAACUCAUGCAGCACCACAAAUAUACAUACCAAUUAUAAACAUUAUAAAAGAUGACCAAGAUACUAUUGGACUGUUAUAA